AUGCCUCUCGGAAUUCUCGAAGACCACAAGCUUGAGCAUGUGCCUGGCACAUCGCCUCUCAACGACCUCACGGGCCAAGGUGGUACUGAGGCUGCCGAUGGCAUCGAUCGAGGGCUCCUCAAGCGAGACCCCAGCGGUGAGAUCGUGCUCGUCCCUCAACCAUCCGACUCGCCAAAUGACCCGUACAAUUGGCCUCGGUGGAAGAAGGAGAUGUUCACCGUGGCUAUUGCCUACGGAUGUGGUUGCGUAGGAGCUGUCGGUCCCCUCUUGACAUCCGCCAUCGUUCCGCUGGCAGAGGACUUUGGUGUCCCUCUCCAGCGCUUCACCCUCGGCCUCCAGGGCUCGUGCAUCGUCGCGAUCGCUGUUGGAAGUCUGCUGCUCAACACCCUGGCCGUGAAGAUUGGCAAGCGGCCCGUCUACAUCGCUACGUCUCUUGGUCUUAUGGCAACUUGCUUCUGGGCUGCCGAAGCCAAGAGCUUCGCUUCUCUGGCUGCCGCGCGAGCGGUUCAAGGUUUCUGCAUGGCGCCCAUGGAAGCUCUCGUACCGGCCUCUAUCUCCGAUAUCUGGAAUCAACCUGGCUUCCCCAUCGCUGGUGCCAUCAUCCAAUAUAGCUCGUAUCGUGUUGCCCUCCACGCCAUGGGAGGUGCCUUCGUACUCCAGACCAUCCUGACCGUUCUCUUCAUGCCCGAGUCGGCCUUCCACCGCGCAGGCGCCCUUGAUAUUGAUACCGGUGAUAAGGCUGUGGUGGUUGACGGCAUGACGGAGAAGGGAAGCACUCAACAUCACGAAGACUCCCGCCGAGGAUCCGUGCCCUCUGAAUCUGAGCCCAAGAAGUCUUUUGCUCGCGAGAUGCUCCCUUACGACGGAUACUGGGACAAGGUGUCCUUCUGGCGCACUCUCAUCCUGCCCUUCUUCAUGCUUGCCUCCCCCAUCGUUGUCUGGGGUACCCUUCUGUUCACCACUUGCAUCUCGUGGCUGGUCCUCAUCUCCAUCACCCUCUCCCAAAUCUUCUCCGCGCCCCCUUACAACUUUUCCGUCGCCUCUGUCGGUGCGUCAAACAUGUCGUCCUUUGUCGCGAGUUUGAUCGGAACCGCCGUCGCGGGACCCUGCUUCCUCAUCUUUACCGCCACUGGCUUCUUCGCUUGGGGCCAGAGUCUCCACAGCCAGGAUCCCUGGCCCAUCCCCGUCAUUGUCUGCAUGGGUUUGAUCAACCUCGGCGUCCAACUCGGAACCACUGGUCUCGUCGUCUACGUAACCGAUUGCCAUCGCAAGGAAUCUUCCGAGGCGUUCGCUAUCAUGAACUUCAUCAAGAACCUCUUCGCUUUCGGUCUGACCUUCUACUGCAACGACUGGAUUGCCGUUCAGGGCGUUCGUGACUGCUUCUUUGUUAUUGGCGGAAUUACUGUUGCGGUGUCCUUGACCACUAUUCCCAUGUACAUCUUUGGAAAGAAGGCGAGGAGCUUUACCUACAGGCAUAGGGUUCGGAGCGGGCAGUAUAUUAUUGCGUUUUGCUUUUCUCCGCCGGCGGAAAAGAAGAAAGGCCACAAUGGCGAGGAGGACGGCACCCACGACGCCGCCAGCGAUGCCGCCUUUGCCGCCGCGGACAAACCCGACUUCUUCUCCGUGCCUGCGUUUGCGCCCGAGACGCUGGAGCCGUCGGUGGGUAGCGGAAAUCCGACCGUGUACGAUGGUAUCGAUAUCGAAUAG